AUGGACCAUCGCAAUACCCAUGGGCUGGUGAACAUUGUUCCAUCACGUGGAACGCGUACCGAGCUUCUUGCGUGGCUUAAUGACCUUAUGCCUCACGUGACGGCCUCAGGCUAUGAAGUGCCUCGAUUGCGCAAAGUGGAGCACUGCGGCAAUGGUGUGCCAUACGUGCUGUUGCUUCCGCAGAUGCUUCCGUUCGUGCAUCCAGCUCUUAUAGCAAGAGCUAAGGUACCCGCAAGACAUGACUUUGAAGCAGUGUCGAACCUGAAGCUCAUGGCUGAUGCUCUACAGAAGAACGGCAUUCCGCCCCCUGAGGUGCUUGUGGACGAUGUGGAUAAGCUUAUAAAAGGUGCAUUCCAGGCCAACCUGCAGCUCUUGCAGUGGUUCCGUGGCCUUGGUGAUGUGCUUAUGCCGCAGAACGGUCGGGGGGAGUACAGUGGUGAGACGGGAUAUCAGCGGCAACCAAGGUAUCGCCACUGCGAUGCUUCAGAGGAUGCGUCACUGAUCUCUGAGCAGAGCCAGCAUAGCACCUCUGUCGGCACCAACGACGAUAAACCGGCAGCUUCCCGCGCAGUGUUACCGUCUCGCGGGGAUGCCCCCGGGCUGAAGAGGGGAUCUCCACGAACGACUUCUGUGUGUUGCUCGGGCAAGUUAACGCCAUCCACUGAGCCUCCCGUCAUUCAAGGUCCUGCUGCUGUGAGCACUUCCACACUUCACACUGCACCAGUGGAUGGUAUAAAGAAGUCUCCCAUAUCCAGACGGACGUCCACCCCUGUGGAUAGGUCAAGGGUCACAACCCCUGCCGGGGCGCGGCGGCUUCUGGACACGAACAGUACCGGCCCACGUGGAGCUACGCAACAGUCCCCCACGAUGCGCGGCCGCUCGAAUCCCCGCCACUCACUACCAGGGAAAGAGGGAAGUGGGUUUCGCCCCCGUACCGCGUUUGCGGGCGAGGCAGCGGCAGCCGUAGAGGACAAGCAGACACCGCCGUUAUCGACGAGUGAAUCCACCACCGAUGACAAGGAUAUGACUCCGAUGGGAGAAGCUACAACAACCAAGUCAGGCGCUGUGGGGCCCAACAUUGUGCGCAGGGGCCGUGACCAACCGAUGAUACCGCCUAAGACUAAUAAUGCAGGUAGCAGUUCUGGUGUUCUUAGUGGUAGCGGCGACAUCUCCGAACGCACGUGCCGGCCUGGUGGUACUACCCCUGUGAGGACCGCGGUAAGGAGCAGAAACUCCCUUUCCGGUGUGGUGAAUCCUUCAAAUGUGAGGGAACGGUGUGCGGUUGACCCCCAUGCUUCAGUGGAGAUGAUAGUAUCACCCCUGAUGUCGAAAAAUGCGUCAGGGAAGCUUCUGCAAUCGGUGUCGGCGGCAACACCUUCCAUGUCAGCGGGAAUGUCACGCUCAGGGAGCCGCGGGGAAAGCAGCAGCGAGGGUGACUCCGCGGUGGCAGCAGCAGCAUUGCUUAAAGCCACUAGAGAGCGACAGUUUUACUACGACAAGUUGAGGCAGGUGGAGGCUAUUGUUUUACCUCUAGUCGAUGAGUCAUCCACAGACCGCUCGACGCGUACAUUGGUGACCGCAUUGUUGGAUGUAUUGUACGCUGCAGAGUAA